UUUUGGUUUGCGACUUGUGAAAGGAUUUACGGCGUUGUUUAUGAACUCCCGAAGGGCAAAGUAACCAGCUAUCGACACUACUUAAUUGCAAGGAUUUAUUUAUAAGGGACUUUAUAAUUAGUGAAGGCUGCUACUGUCUCASGCAGUGACAUGGCCAACCCUCUGAGGAGUGAGGUUAGACAGCUGUACAAGAACCUCCUGUUUUUGGGACGGGAAUACCCCAAAGGAGCAGACUACUUCAGGGAACGUCUGAAGAGAGCCUUUAUGAAGAACAAUGAUGUCACAGACCCUAKGGAGAUCAAAAAACUAGUCGAUCGUGGGGAAUUUGUGAUAAAGGAACUGGAGGCCCUGUACUAUCUGAGGAAGUACAGAGCCAUGAAGAAGCGUUACUACGAAGAAGAAUUGUCCGCCGUGCUGAAUAUAGGCUGACCGAUAGAUUGAUAGCCUAGAUAUUUGGCAGUUAAAUCUUCAGUAUGCAAGUUUUAGUUUAGCCGUCCAUGAACACGAGUGUUAUUAGCAACACAAACAUCCUUAGACACAAAUGUUAGCUAUGUAUUACAGAUAAAAGUAACAUUCUAUUUUACGAGACUUUUACUUAAGUCAGUUAAGAACAAAUUCUUAUUUACAAUGAUGUAGGAACAGUGGGGUAACUGCCUUGUUCAGGGGCAGAACGACAGAUUUUUACCUUGUCAGCUCGGGGAUUCGAUCUUGGAGCCCCUUGGUUGCAAUCUUUCGUUUACUAGUCCCACGCUCUAACUARUAGGCUACCUGCCACCCCAAAAUGAGUUACACUUGCCUCUCUUACCCACCUCGAGCUGUGGAAUGACAUCCACCAAAUGACUACAUGCAGUUCAAAUGCCUAGAGUUCUCUCGUGUACAUAAUUGUAAAUAAUACAUUAUAGAAUGUGUUGAUUACUUGUAGAAUGUAAUUUAAUCAUAUAAGUAUAAAUAUGACAGAGCUAUUUCGAAUUCAUAUUUUUUUUAAAUGUACAACACUGAUAGCACUAUGUUUUUAAUAAAUGGGAAACACAA